AUUUUAAUUCAUAUCUGAGUGGGCGGUGGCGGUUCUUGUUGGCGGUCUGGCUCCGCAGGGCAGGGGGCAAUUUUAGUUGUUUGGGGGUGGUUUUUAGUUUAAUUUUUCCUUUGUAGCUUGGCAUCGCGGGCCAGUUCGCACGUUCUAGUCGUCUGAGGCCAUGUCAGGAGACGGAGCCACGGAGCAGGCAGCUGAGUAUGUCCCAGAGAAAGUGAAGAAAGCCGAAAAGAAAUUAGAAGAGAAUCCCUAUGACCUUGACGCUUGGAGCAUUCUCAUUCGAGAGGCACAGGUUUAGUGAUAUAGGAUUACAUUUCCUUCUCUAUGGGUCCAAUCACACUACUUGGUUCUGCAGUAAAUAAUACAUUUAUAAUCCUAACAUUGUAAAUGCUGUUUAUUGGUUUUCAAUUUUAGAAUCAACCUAUAGACAAAGCACGGAAGACUUAUGAACGCCUUGUUGCCCAGUUCCCCAGUUCUGGCAGAUUCUGGAAACUGUACAUUGAAGCAGAGAAUCUGCAGCAAAUUCAACAAAAUGGUGAAUGUUUGCUUUGAAUACAACCUGUUGAGAAACUAACCGGCUUUUCUAAAGCUCAGGAAAGCAUAACCUGGGAUUAAAGCUAAAAAUUAUGACAAGGUCGAAAAGCUAUUUCAGAGAUGCCUUAUGAAGGUUUUGCACAUUGACUUAUGGAAGUGUUAUCUUUCAUAUGUCCGAGAAACCAAGGGUAAACUACCAAGUUACAAAGAAAAAAUGGCUCAAGCAUAUGACUUUGCACUGGAUAAAAUUGGAAUGGAAAUUAUGUCUUAUCAGAUUUGGGUGGAUUACAUCAAUUUCUUAAAAGGCGUGGAAGCUGUUGGAUCUUAUGCAGAAAAUCAGAGAAUAACAGCUGUUCGAAGAGUUUAUCAACGAGGUUGUGUUAAUCCCAUGAUCAACAUUGAACAACUGUGGAGAGACUAUAACAAGUAUGAAGAGGGUAUCAAUAUUCAUUUAGCUAAAAAAAUGAUUGAAGAUCGGAGUAGGGAUUACAUGAAUGCUAGGCGGGUAGCAAAGGAAUAUGAGACAGUAAUGAAAGGUUUGGACCGCAAUGCUCCCUCAGUGCCUCCUCAGAAUACUCCUCAAGAAGCUCAGCAGGUAGAUAUGUGGAAGAAAUACAUACAGUGGGAAAAGAGCAACCCUCUUCGUACAGAAGAUCAGACUCUUAUAACUAAAAGAGUUAUGUUUGCUUAUGAACAGUGCCUGCUUGUGCUGGGCCAUCACCCUGAUAUUUGGUAUGAAGCUGCCCAGUAUCUUGAGCAGUCAAGUAAACUGUUAGCAGAGAAAGGAGAUAUGAAUAAUGCCAAAUUAUUUAGUGAUGAAGCUGCUAAUAUAUAUGAAAGAGCCAUAAGCACUUUAUUAAAGAAGAAUAUGCUUCUUUAUUUUGCAUAUGCAGAUUAUGAAGAGAGUCGCAUGAAGUAUGAGAAAGUUCACAGUAUAUAUAACAGACUUCUGGCAAUUGAGGAUAUUGACCCCACCUUGGUAUAUAUCCAAUAUAUGAAAUUUGCAAGAAGAGCAGAAGGUAUUAAAUCUGGAAGAAUGAUAUUUAAAAAAGCAAGAGAAGAUACCAGAACCCGCCACCAUGUCUAUGUUACUGCAGCACUCAUGGAGUAUUAUUGUAGUAAGGACAAAUCUGUUGCCUUUAAGAUUUUUGAGCUGGGGCUAAAGAAAUAUGGAGACAUUCCAGAAUAUGUCCUGGCCUAUAUUGACUAUCUUUCUCACCUCAAUGAGGACAAUAAUACUCGAGUUUUGUUUGAACGAGUUUUAACAUCUGGAAGUCUUCCACCUGAGAAGUCUGGAGAAAUCUGGGCCCGAUUUUUAGCUUUUGAAAGUAAUAUUGGUGAUCUAGCUAGUAUACUCAAAGUGGAGAAAAGACGGUUUACAGCAUUCAAAGAAGAGUAUGAAGGCAAAGAAACAGCUUUACUGGUAGAUAGAUACAAGUUCAUGGAUUUAUAUCCUUGCUCUGCAAGUGAACUAAAAGCGCUUGGGUAUAAGGAUGUCUCCCGUGCUAAGCUAGCAGCUAUAAUUCCAGACCCAGUUGUAGCUCCUUCUAUAGUGCCUGUUCUGAAAGAUGAAGUGGAUAGAAAACCAGAAUACCCUAAACCAGACACUCAGCAGAUGAUUCCAUUUCAGCCACGACAUUUAGCACCUCCGGGCUUACACCCUGUCCCCGGUGGAGUGUUCCCAGUACCACCUGCAGCAGUUGUUUUAAUGAAACUUCUCCCUCCUCCUAUUUGUUUCCAGGGUCCUUUUGUACAAGUGGAUGAACUGAUGGAAAUUUUCCGAAGAUGCAAGAUACCAAAUACAGUUGAAGAAGCUGUGAGGAUCAUUACUGGAGGAGCCCCAGAGCUAGCUGUAGAAGGCAAUGGCCCGGUGGAAAGUAAUGCAGUACUCACCAAGGCUGUCAAAAGGCCCAACGAAGAUUCAGACGAAGAUGAGGAAAAGGGAGCUGUCGUUCCCCCUGUUCAUGACAUUUACAGAGCAAGGCAGCAGAAGCGAAUUCGGUGAAGCAGGCACAGAACCUGCCUCAGAAAGAAAACUCCUAUCCAGGAUUCCUUUUGCCUCUUAAGUCAUAUGUUUAAAAGAGACAAUGCUUUGUUACAAAGUUCUUGGAAACAAAGUUGUAUUGUCAUUGGUGCCUCUAUUCAUAUGCUUCUUGAGAAAAACCAACCAACCUAUGUGAAGUUUAGGAUUUGGAACAGACCUAUGCUCUAAGAAAAAUUAGGUUUUCAAAAAUGUGAGAAGAGUACAAAGUGGCAGAACCACAUUUUGUUCCCGCUUCAAGGGUGUCUUGUAUGUACCACUUGAAGACUUGCGGGUUUUCAACAGUUUUAUUUUAAAAACUGGAUGGUUUAUGAUUGUAAAGCAUUUUAUCACAUUUUCUGAAAACAACAGCUGUUCUUGGUUUGCUUAUGUAGAGUCCUGCCUUAUUGUUUGUUUUAUUUAUGGCAGAAUGUACGGAAUCGGUUUUGUAGUUUAAAAUUUUAAAAAACAAUCCUUUAGAAAAUAAAAGGAUCUCAAAAA